UCCCCUAUUGGUUGGGGCUGACGCCUUCUCCUUUCUCGGUAGAGACUCCGCACUUCGGCUAGGUAGCGGAUCCCGCAGGCUGGGCGCUCCGGUGACUCGCUCGCGCCAUGGCGUCCCAGAGUCGUCGGCGGAGGCCGCUGCGGAGGCCUGAGACGGUGGUGCCGGGGGAGGCGGCUGAGACGGAUUCGGAGCUCUCUGUGUCCUCGUCGGAGGAGGAGGAGCUGUACCUGGUCCUCUCGGGCCCGACGCGCGGCCGCCCCACGGGACUGCGGGUGGCCGGGGAGGCCGCGGAGACCGACUCGGACUCGGAGCCCGAGCCGAAGGCCGCGCCGAGGGAUCUGCCUCCGCUCGUAGUGCAGCGGGAGACUGCCGGGGAGGCCUGGGGAAAGGAGGAGGCCCCGGCGCCCGCCCCCGCGCGUUCGCUGCUGCAGCUCCGGCUGGCUGAGAGCCAGGCGCGGCUGGACCACGACGUAGCGGCCGCGGUGAGCGGCGUGUACCGCCGCGCGGGCCGUGAUGUGGCCGCCCUGGCCGGUAGGCUGGCGGCUGCCCAGGCGGCGGGAUUGGCGGCGGCCCACAGCGUGCGCCUGGCGCGGGGGGACCUCUGCGCGCUGGCCGAGCGUCUGGACAUCGUGGCCGGCUGCCGCCUGCUGCCCGACAUCCGCGGCGUGCCGGGCACCGAGCCCGAACAAGACCCGGGACCGCGAGCCUAGCUGUGACCCACUCUCCCGCCUGACUGAUCCCUGGGGGUAGGCCUUUCGGCCUCUGGGGCCUGGCUCUGUGCCCUGUUUAGCCACCCACCCAUCUUGCUGUCAUUCUCAGAGAUAACCCGCCCCCUGGAUAAUGCUCUGUGUGUGUGGGGGGGCGGCAGGAUGGGGGGUUAAUGCUGUGCAGCCCUGCUAGGCCCUAGCAUCUGGUUCCUCCCCCUGGUCCUGGCCCUUGCUCCCUGGUUCAGAGCUUGUGUAUGUCUGAAGCUUGGCUCAAACUCCUGGGUAACUAGCCACUCCUUAAUCUGUCUCCAUCUUAGCGGUUCACAGAGCUUCACCUUUCCUUUCUAUCUGCCUUCCUCAGUUUGGUUUCUGUUCACAGGGGUUGGUCCUGCUUCUGGCGUAGAUUCCCUGAUGUCUCUGGUCCUAGUCCCACUUCUGGAAGUUUGUCCUCUAAUCUGGACCCUUUUUCUGCUCCCCAGGCUUGGCUCUGAUGCCAUCUCCUCCUUCUAGUCCUUGCCCUUCCGCCUCCUGGCUCCUUCUCCUUGGGCUUAGCUCCACCCCCUUGGCCUGAUCUUGUUUCCUGGGUCCAGCUGUACCCUUAGGUUUGGUUUUGCUGCUUUUUGCUUCUGCCAUCCUGUUUAAACUACCUACUUAAUUAUGGGCUCCAGGGACCCCCUAUGGUUUUCUUCAUCAGGCCCAAGAUGAGACCCCCUCUUGACCCGAGGAGGUCCCCUCUCCCAGCUUUCCAGGCCCAAGUUGGUGUGUCCUUCCCACCCUCCAGGCCAAGAUCGCGCCUUCUGCCCAAGUUCCAGGUACAGGAUGGGCCUCCUCCCGACUCUCCAGGCUGAGAGUGCCCCCAGCAGGCACUUAGGGCCCAAUACAGACUCGCCCUGGAACUUUGGGUACAAUACGACACCACUUUGCUGAUAAGGACCACAUGUAUUUUGUUUGGUCACCGUGUUGUUCCCUGGAUGCUAAAAGGGCUUGGCUGUCUGGCUUGUCUCAGGGCCUGGGGUUAGCUCCUUCUUUCCGCUCCUCACCUGGUCCCUCUUCUCCCAGCCCCAGUCCCUCAGCCCCAUUCACAUUUAUUCCCCUCCCCUGCUCUUACCCCAGCCUGAGCUGAGAUCUGGGCCCCCAGGAUGGAGAAGUGGGGAAGAACGCUCUGUGGCAGACUCAUUAAAACUCAAGACAUUUACUGAUAUGGUCAGUUCCUCUUACCUCUCUAUCUACGCUGGGGGCGGGUAGGUUGGUGAUUUUGCUGAGAAUGUGGGUCCCAAGAAAGGGAUCCUUCACGCCUGGCCUGUUGAAGGUGAGCCUGUGGCCGGGAAAUCAGGGCUCCUAGUUUUUUGCCCUGGUUCUGCACUUAUUUGUAUUUUGUUAAUUCACCACACAUUUAUUGAGCUCCUGUUCUUUGCCUGUCCUUAGCUGGGCACUGGUGGUGCCCCACAGGCUGGGCCCUUGCAGAGCUCACAGUCCACUGGGGGAGACAGCCAUUAAAAUAUUCUUGCAAAUAA